AUGAUGGAAUCCCAUCCUUUAUCUGAAACGAGCACCGUGGACGAGGACCAGCUAUCGGUGCAACAUCUUCUUCCUGAACCCCUUGACAUUAAUGACGGAGAGAUCGAGGUACCAAUCUUACAAACAGCUCAACCGAGGACAGAGUCGACAAAAACCUUUUGGAUCGCAGAUGUCGUGACUCGCCCGUGGUUUGGAUGGUUGUUCGUAUUCGUUUUCCUACUUUUCUGCUUCUCGGUCAGUCGGUGCAUUGCUCUCAAGGCGUUGGCUACCAUGUACGGCAGUCUUCAAGACUACACGGUAUCCUUUAAAUUUGCCGCUCUGAGUCUCGGGUUCAUGGAAGACUUUGUCUGCACGACCUAUGUGGCGUGUAUUUUAUGGCUAUGUGAUACGCUAAAGCUCGAAGUUGUCAAACGAUGGAGUCCUCAAAACCAUGAGCAACUUGUCCGAGUCAUCGGCAACAUCGCGACGUUCACAGUCUCGUGGGUUUUGUUUGUUGUUGUGAUAGCGCCAUUUGCUUUCGACUUGUUGCUUGUCAUUAAUCGGAAUAUGCGAUUCUCCAUAGACUUAUUGGCCACAUUGAUCAGGGAGAAACAACAUUUGAAAGAUGCCCCCAUUUCAAUUGAGGAGUUCCAAAGAGCCUACACAAUGGUAGCUCUUCUAGUGACUGCUGCUACAGUGUUUGCUCUCGUUAGGGCAUGCGCGAGCUGGGCUGACCUUGCGUGCUGGAACCCAACGCACUUGGUAGCGAUCCUGGUCAAGAAUCGAGGACAAAAUGAAACUGGAAGGGUUUUUGAACGCGCAAAGUAUGUCGAACUUGCGCUUGAAGAAGAACAAGACGUAGCCGAGGCAGAAAAUUCUCCAGUGAGGAGAUGUGGAGAGCCUAUUGUAAAUCAUGCUAUCCGAAUUGCCGUUCUUUUCGUGGUCCUUGUGGUAAUCCCCGCGAUUGUUGUGAUAGCACGCUAUGCGUUUUCACCAGUGGUGGCAUACGUGGCGCUGAACGCGACUUUGAAUGAGCUGUUUGGACAUGCACUGCAGCCUUCAGCGACAGAUGCCACGUACACGAAUGUGAAUAGCAAUCUAUCUUGGAUGAAGACGUAUAUACACCCGACCGAAAGAUACAAGCUUUUCGGUAAUGAUUCACUUUACCGCCUGACAACGGGAUUUCGCGGAGAUCUCGCUUUCGAUGUUAAUGUCUCAAACGACAACCCACCAAACGUUAUUGUCAUUGGAGUCGAGUCUUUUCGCUUCCGAGAUUCGCAUUACAUGGUCGGGAAGGACGACCCAUCCAACCUGUACAGGGGCACAAACCUCACUAUUACGCCAAAUUUCGACAGAUGGGCGAAACGUGGAGUUGGUCUCCGCAAUCUCUGGACAAGCAUUCCUACCAGCCGGUCGGUGGAAAGCAUCUUGUUCGCUCAGGUUCCGUAUGACAGCGCUACGAAAACCGGCCUUUCGGGAGGAAAAAAUGGCACGAAACUAGCUGGUCUACCACAGCUAUUUUCGGCUAAGGGGUACGAGACUUUUUUCUAUACCGGGUGUUCUAUCACCCUAGACCAGUGGGACAUAUUUUUCCCUACGCAUGGCUUCGACACCGUUUGGGAUGUGAAUCAGGUAAAGAAGCUGGCCGAAAACAAUCUUAAAAUUCCCCAUACAGAUUGGUCAGGCAAGGAGAAGCGAGCGUAUCAUUGGGGUGUUCAUGAUGACUUGAAUUUCAAGAUACUUGGCGACCUGCUUGUGAACAAGACAAUCAUGCAAAAACAACGAGUGGCGAACGGUGAGCCGAAAAUGCCGUUAUUCCUCACGCAAUAUACCACGACUAGUCAUUCACCAUUUGUAGCCGUGCCUACAUGGUACGCGAACUCUAAAAAACCCGAUUUUUCCGUGCUUUAUGACGGAGAGAAGAAAGCAAAAGAGAUUCGACAAUAUUACGAGGCCCGGUACUUCACCGAUAUGGAACUCGGCAAAUUUUUGGACCGCAUGAAGGACGAAGGCAUACUCGAAGACACGAUUGUUGUCAUUAUGGGUGAUCAUGGUACUACACCUGAAAUUGACAUUAUAUACAACGAAGAAGAAUCCGUGACGCGAGUGGCAGGCGCCAUUAUUGCAGAGGGACGACUAGGAAAAGCUGCGGGACUCUUGAUCGAAGAUGCUGUCGAACACUACGAUAUGCUCAACACGCUGGCGGAUAUCACGGGUGUUCCAGAAGGAGGAUUCAUCCAAAAUGGUAUUGGACGCUCGCUUAAGCGCAAUGUUCCGUUUGGCGAGCGUGCAGUCUAUAGUAACAUGCCGGGUCGCAGGUUGUCUGUUGUGCGUGGCAAUCAACGUCUACGCUACGACAAUGUGAUGGAUACAAUGCUGCUUCACAAUAUUGAGACUGACUAUAGUAUGCUCGACGAUCUGUUUCCAAAGCUCUCGUUGAAAGAGCAAACAGAAUGGGAGAUCUGGCGUAAGAAUGGACGUUACAUCACUGAGUACUACAAAAAGCGGUGGGAUGGGAAUUGUUUGCUUGCUACUAACUGCACUUUGGAAUUAUCUGAAUAA